AUGGUUGCUCUGGAUCGGCGGACGUUCAGUCAGAAGAGAGGGGGUAGUAGCAGAAGAGAGAACUUACUCGAGCUUGAUGGGAAUGGAUCGGGGUGGGGUGGGGGGAUCAACGAGAGUGGUGAUGGCUGUUCUGGAUCGAAAAUGGAUAUCGACAAUCACCUGUCGUCGGGCAUAUUGGCUAAGGAGAACACUGGAGAACAUCUGUAUGAAUGUAUGAUGGCCAUAGAUAUCGUACGGAUCCACACGUUCAUGCGUCUAUCGAGCGGGAGCGACGAGGAGCGACGGACGCGAAGCUCACAGGCGGGAGCAGGAAAGGCGGGAGCGGCAAAGUGGGAGUGUCUGAGGGCCUCUACAUAUCAGCGGACUCCAACGAAUGACAGCUAG